GCAUCAAACGACCCCUAGACUAGUUGGAUCCACUAAAAACAUCCUUAACCUAUCACAACUUCAAAACAUCCUUAAACCUUCCAACGACUAGUUUUAAUCACUAAGAAAGCACCAUGAGAGCAAGUCUUAAAGCUUCACUAACUGCUAUUCGAUCAUCAUCUUAUUUUUCUACAGCACAAAUAACAACAACCCAUUUAAAAGAAAAAACCACAAACAAAGACCAAAUCAUUACACAUUUAUGUAAACAAAACAAAUUCAACGAAGCCCUUCAAAUUCUUUGCGAACAAAAUCGUUUAAAUGAAGCCAUUAAAUUGCUCGAAGAACGACCCGAAACUCGUCCUUCAGCUACAGUUUUUUCGACACUUUUGCGUAUAUGUAUCGAAAAUCGAGCAUUUGAAGAAGGAAAAAAAGUUCAUAGAAUUAUGAAAUGUUUAGGUUUUAGACCUGGGGUUGUUAUAUCUAAUCGAAUUCUUGAUUUUUAUUGUAAAUGUGAUAAACCCUUUGAUGCAUAUAACCUGUUUGUUGAAAUGUCUGAGAGGGAUUUGUGUUCUUGGAAUAUUAUGGUUUCUGGAUUUGCGAAAUUGGGUUUGAUUGAUGAUGCGAGGAAGUUGUUCGAUGAAAUGCCUGAGAGAGAUAAUUUUUCGUGGACCGCGAUGAUUUCGGGUUAUGUGAAGUGUAAUAAGCCUGGAUUUGCAUUGGAAUUGUGUAGAGUGAUGCAGAGGGAUGAGAAGAAUAAGUGUAAUAAGUUUACUAUUUCGAGUGCUCUUUCUGCUUCGGCUUCUAUUCAGUCGUUACGUUUGGGGAAGGAGAUUCAUGGUCGUAUAGUGAGGACCGGGUUGGAUUCUGAUGCGGUUGUUUGGAGUGCUUUGAGUGAUAUGUAUGGUAAAUGUGGGAGCGUUGACGAAGCGAGGCAUAUUUUCGAUAGGACUAAAGAUAAGGAUGUUGUUUCGUGGACGGCUAUGAUCGAUAGAUACUUUGGAGAUGGGAGGUGGGAGGAAGGUUAUUCGUUGUUUUCGUUUUUGAUGGAAUCAGGAAUUAGGCCUAAUGAUUUUACCUUUGCUGGACUUUUGAAUGCAUGUGCGCACCAAACGAUGGAGCAUUUGGGAAAACAAGUACAUGGGUACAUGAUGCGUAUAGGGUUUGAUCCUUUUUCCUUUGCAGCAAGUACCUUAGUUCAUAUGUACGCCAAAUGUGGGAGUGUAGAUGGUGCAUAUAAUGUAUUUAAGCGGCUCCCAAGGCCCGAUGUAGUUUCUUGGACCUCACUGAUUAAUGGUUAUGCUCAAAAUGGCCAACCUAGUGAAGCUCUUCAGUUAUUUGACUUGUUGCUUAAAUCUGGUACUCAGCCUGACCAUAUUACUUUUGUUGGGGUUCUUUCUGCUUGCACUCAUGCGGGUUUAGUCGAUGAAGGUCUUAAAUAUUUUUACUCGAUAAAGGACAAGCAUCGUCUAACCCAUACUGCAGACCACUAUGCUUGUGUGGUUGAUCUCCUGAGCCGAUUUGGCAGAUUUAAGGAGGCGGAAGAGAUUAUUAGUCAGAUGCCAAUGAAGCCUGAUAAGUUUUUGUGGGCGUCGUUGCUUGGAGGAUGCCGAGUCCAUGGAAAUGUUGAACUAGCAAAGAAAGCAGCUGAAGCACUAUUUGAAAUUGAGCCCGAAAAUGCAGCUACUUAUGUUACCAUCGGAAAUAUAUAUGCCACAGCUGGCAAAUGGACUGAAGUAGCAAAAAUCAGACAAGUCAUGGAAGAGAAAGGUGUGGUGAAGAAGCCAGGUAUAAGUUGGAUCAAUUUGCAGAGAAAAGACCAUGUUUUCUUGGUCGGUGAUAAAUCACAUCCUAGGUCAAAGGAAAUAUAUGACUUUUUAGGGGAGCUUUGGAGGAGAAUGAAAGAAGAGGGGUACGUCCCUGACAUCGAUAAUGUGCUGCAUGAUGUGGAAGAGGAACAGAAGGAGCAAAAUCUCUCCUAUCACAGUGAAAAGCUUGCAGUUGCCUUUGGAAUUAUUGCAACUCCUCCUGGAACACAGAUAAAGGUUUUUAAGAAUCUACGGACAUGCGUUGAUUGUCACACUGCGAUCAAAUAUAUCUCUAAAAUAGAAGAGAGAAAAAUUAUUGUGCGGGAUUCCAGUCGGUUUCACUGUUUUGAGGGUGGGAGUUGUUCGUGCAAGGACUAUUGGUGAUUUUCCCCCUCCUUUUUUU